UCCUCACACGGUGGGUGGAAGUGGAUGGGCGACUGCUGCAGUUUAAAUAGGUUUAUUAUUGUUAUUGUUAUUAUGAUUAAACAUUGCACGCACUGAUACAUCCUGCAUCCCCAGCGGCAGAUUAAAAAGGCGUGUCUCAGUCUGUUGACACUGUAGACUGUCAGAUGCUAGCAGAGAUUGGAGUGCACUCCUCGGAGCCAUGCCUGGACGAAGCGCUAUUGCUCUCCUCACUGCUUUGUUGCUUGCAGCAGAAAUCGCAGGAGGCUUCUCAGGGGAUGAUGAAAGCUACCAGUCGCAGCGGUAUGGUCGUUUGGCGCCAGCCACUUCGCUGUAUCAACACGUGGACUCCCAGAAUUGGGAGCAACCACUGAAAUAUAACAGCCAUGCACGGUCCCUGGCUCUCAUAGCCAAGCGAAAGCCCUCCAUGUUACUAAAGUCACGUUUCCGGCAGGCGCCGCAGGAUCACUCGGAACUUAGCCUCCUUGCCAAGACGGACGAUGAGGUGCACAUGGAAAACACACCCAUAUCAGCCCGUCAUAUUGUCACCAUGGCUUUGCAGGUGGAUGUUCGGCAGUUGAACGUAAGCCUCCUGCGGACGUUCCGUGAAGGCGUGGCCGCUGCCCUGGACAUUUCACCACGACAAGUACAUAUCAACCGUCUGAAUGAGCAGAAAAAUGGCAUUGAGUUGUACGUGUCAUCGGACAGAACGGGAGCGUCGGAGCCGGUGUCCUCAGAGGAAGUGAUCCGCUCCCUCAACAUUAACACUCUGCACAGUAGCCUUGGUCCUUUCGGCAUCACCGAGGUCUCCGCUGAGAAGAAUGUACUGCAAGGCCAGCAUGAGAGGGACAACGUGUGGAGCAACGAAGGCUUCUAUGUGGUGGUCAUCUUCCUCACAAUCUUCAUCAUCAUUGUCACCUGUUUAAUGGUGCUUUACCGACUGAAGGAGAAGGUUGAGUACUCAGACGGGCAGCUGAAGGGGCUGGGUGCGCCCGUGUCUGUGCAUGCCACCCAGCCGCCCCUGACCCUCACCAGCAGCAUGGUGCAGGCCAGCCCAGCCCCCAAACCAGCCUGCACCACUGCCACCAGCACAACACCAUCCAACACCACCAACACCACCAACACCACCACCACCACCCAGAUCAACUACAGCACACCCCACACACACACCAGUGCCUCCACCUCUGAGUCUCAGUGCCCCCCGUGCCCUCCAUGCCCCCCUGUGUCUGAGUUCAAACCCUGUCUGUCCUCCAGCCCUUCGCCCUUCAAGAUGAAGCCUGCUGCGGGUCUGCAAGAGAGGCGAGGCUCCAACGUUUCCCUGGUGCUGGAUAUGAGUGCACUCGGCUCUGUGGAGCCUCUGAAUUGUGGAGUGAACACUCCUCGUGAGCGGGUGGCUCAGGAGUACCUGCAGUCAGCCGGUCGAGUUCUCACACGCCAGCAGCUCAGAGACGCCACGCUCAACACACAGGCCCUGCACACUGAGUUUGCUGAAAUUCCAAUGAACUUCGUUGAUCCAAAGGACCUGGAUAUUCCCGGUCUCGGGACCAAAAACAGAUACAAGACCAUUUUGCCAAAUCCACACUCCAGAGUUCUCCUGAAAAACAAGAAUAGCUGUGAUCCUCUCAGCAGUUACAUAAAUGCCAACUACAUACGAGGUUACCGCAGACAUGAGAAAGCUUACAUUGCCACACAAGGUCCUAUGAUCAACACAGUCAAUGACUUCUGGCAGAUGGCCUGGCAGGAGGACUCGCCUGUCAUCGUCAUGAUCACCAAGCUGAAAGAGAAGAACGAGAAAUGUGUUUUGUACUGGCCUGAAAAACGAGGGAUUUACGGCAAGGUGGAGGUCCUCAUCAACAGUGUCAGGGAAUGUGAGCAUUACACUGUCCGCACGCUCACACUCAAACAAGGUGGCCAAAGUCGUAAAGUCCAGCAUUACUGGUACACAUCAUGGCCGGAUCAUAAAACCCCAGACAGCACAGGGCCUCUGCUGCAGCUCAUGACUGAUGUAGAGGAAAGCAGAGAGGCUUCCGAGUUUCACGGUCCUGUCAUUGUUCACUGCAGUGCUGGAAUUGGUCGCACAGGCUGUUUCAUAGCCACAACUAUAGGCUGUCAUCAGCUGCGUCUGGAAGGAGUGGUGGAUGUUCUGAGCAUCGUGUGCCAGCUGAGAGUAGACAGGGGUGGAAUGAUCCAAACCGGAGAACAGUAUGAAUUUGUCCAUCACGCCCUGAGUCUCUAUGAAGGCCGCCUGUCAGCAGACCUUGGCCAGUGAACACAAACAAAGGCAAGACGAAGAUGGUACGAGGUUUUUUUCACUCCACGUUUACCAGGAAGAACAAUCUCUCAAGGGUCCAAGAGUCAAUUUUUCUUUCUCAUACCAGGAGACAAUCUAGAAUAUAAGGGAUUGUUUUGAAGAUGUCUUGCACUUAUGCUCUUAAACAGCAGUGGUAGUGAUCAUACUUCCUAAAAGGGAUCUCAGCAGAUGUGAUGCACUCUUGACUGUGAAUCCUUUGCCUCUAAAGAAGUGUGUUCACUCUGGCCACAUCGAUUGAAGCCACUCUACCAGUAUACCUGCCCUCUGACCUCCAGCUUUGGACUUUACACUGAUCCACAUCAUGGCUGAUGGUCUUAAUAUUCAAUUCAAAAUGUGUAUAGUUAUGAUUAGCACUUUUCUCAAGACUUCACACAUAACUAUGUUACUGUGCACAAGGUAUUUGAAGACUGUUAGAUGCAUCAGCUGGACUCAUGUGUGAAUAUGUCUUAUAAGUUCCUAUAAUCAUUUACAAAAAUAACUACACACAAAAAAAUAUACACAAACAUCUACUCAAGAUUUCAGCAUGAAUGUAAAUGGCAGAUUUUUUUUUUUUUUUUGUCCAAACCAGAAAUGCAAAAAGUCAACAACAAGAUGACACAACAUUUAAUAUUUGACCAUCUGCCUGAAAACUGCUCACUUCUUCUGUGUUAUUUUCAUACCCAUUUGUAAAAGAGGAUGUUAUACAUUACAAUACAAUACAAUUCAAUAAUGCCAGGGGUGCAGUACGCGUAUACAUAAUCGUUCUUUAAAUUUAAGAGUUUGAAAUAUAUAUGUAAAAUAUAAUGAUAGUUAUUUUUGUACAAUCUUCCCUGAAUAACUAUUGGUUUAAUAUUUUUAUUUUUUUAAGUUCUUUUUUUCUAUUUAAUAAGGCAACAUCCAUCCAUUUAUCUAUAUUAAGGAAUUGAGGAAGAAAGGAAGUAAAAAUGUCCAUGUCAAAAAAAUGUCAGAUCUCCUCCUAGUGUGUUGCAGAUACAGAGCUCCAACAUGAUGUUUGUGAACAUUUAGAUGAAGAAUUCGUGAAGAAACUUAUUUAGUUUUUGUUUUUUUAUGGAUUAUGGAAUCAUUUGGUUCAAAAUGAUGAAAUUGCAUCAUUUUAGAGCUUGAAUUCACUUGUCAGUUGAAUCAAUAUUUUAGGAAACCCUCCCCUGUUUUUUUUUUUUUUUUUUUUGGUUGUUUGAUUUUUUUUUUUAAACCAUGGACUGUAAACCAUCUCGACAACUCCACCCUUUGCUCUUUCUGAACCCAUUUUAUCCAUGCCUUUUAGCUAAAUGCCAACACCCGCUUACAUAAACUUCCUGUGCUGAAUCAGGAAGUUGUGUGCUGCUCUCUGAAUCCAGCGCCAUUUUUUUUUCCUGGGUGUAUUUUUAAAAUUCAAAAAAGGUGAACACCCCUUUUACAUGAAUGCUGUCAGACCUUAUAUUGUUUUCUUGACCUGUGAACCUGUGACUAAGAUAUGCAGUACAGUGCAAAAGUCUUAGGCACCCUACAUUUUUAUAUACAUUUUGUCUUACACAUAUACAAUCAUAUACAAUACAUUUUUUGUGUUGAAAAAAUGUUUUUUUUUUCACUUUUUACUCAGUCACUUGUCUAGUUUGCAGCUUUUCACAUUUUUACCUGCAUGAAUAACAUAUUUUACUUCUACACUGUAAGUGAAAGAAGGCAACAUUUAGUAUUACAAAUCAGGUGAUCUGAUAUAGAAUGUCCCAUAGCUUUCAGUUACAUCUUUAAUGAGUUCCUUUGCUCUAACCAAAUCUUUCCUUCAAAUGAUACAUUUUAAGCUGUUUCCUUUCUUUACAUUUCGAAUAAAUCACAUUUUAUCCAAGAGUUUACUCUGAAUUGAUCACUGAGGAACAGGUAUAUCAUGGCGAAAUGUAUAGAAGUGCUAUUAAAGUUAAAGCAGCAUGUCUCUGACCUACACGAGGACUUCACGCUGCUAAAGUGUUCAGUUUUGAGAGGCAGAAAGAUGAUUGUUGUAUAACUAUGAACAUUUCUUACGUUUUUUGUAUUGUCCAUUUUUUAAAAUUCUGAUUAUUUGUGAUACAGAGGUUUUAAAAAUAUAUUUGUGAAUUUCUAUUAGAUGUGUGUAGCAUAGAAAAAUCCAGUCAGUCAAAAAGGUUUUUUUGUCAGUGUACAUUGGCUUACUGUUUGUAGCUAUUUUCCACUAUUUCGUAUUAACCUGUCAAUAACAUUUUUUCCUCUUUAUUGCUAAUCCACAUGAAUGUUGUGGGAAAAAAAUAACUGUCCAGCAGAUCUGCUACAGUAGAUAUUUCUAGCUAGUAUAAUCUGUACAUAUCAUCCUUCUAUUAUUACAGUAAGAAACAUAAUAAGACAAGCCUGAGCUGCAGAUUUGACACGUCAUGUUCAGCUGCCAUGACUGUCCACUUGUUUCACCCUGUGAAGACAAACAAGACGUUAUUCUAAACUAAAACAUACUGUUAAUGAAAACACAAGACUAUGUCGUGUUUCAAGCCAUAAUAUCUAAUGUUGAGGUACUACGUACUGUACGUUCACACUAUGAGUCCUCUUUUAUCUCUAUAGAGAGCCUGUAAUGUUUAGAAAUGUGUUCUUGUGUAUAGAACUGGCAAUUAUUGCCAACUCAGACUGUCCUCUAACUGGUAAUAAUAUACCUAACUCUGUGACUCUGUGGUCUUUACAGCCAAUAAACCGAUCAUACCAAG